AUGAAGGCCUCAACCACCACCAUUCUCGCGACCCUCACGGCUCUCGCAAGCGCCCAGUACAGCGGCACCAUCGUCUCCGAGAACAGGGGCGCCUGCCCCAUCCCUCACUCCGAUGGCGACCAGCUCAAGUACUCCUACGAUCCGAGCGAAGGAAACCUGUGUCUCGACCUGAACCAGCACGAGGUUUACGUCGAAAGCUACCAUGCCAUCCUGUAUGGAAAUGCUGAGCUUCCUGACGCCGAUAAGCCAACCCUGUUUGGUGGAUGUGCAGAUUCGAAAUGCACCCAGUGCGAUCUUGUCGAUGUGAACGUUCGCUCGGAUCGCCCUGGUUCUAUCGAGUCAGAGUGUACGGUGUUUAAGAACAAGCCGUACUUGUUCAUUGGUACCCCCGACGGUGACCGAAAGGACCUUUAA